AUGCCAGUAUUGUCAAAGCGAAGAGUCUUAUUGGUAUUACUUACGUUACUUAGUGCGAUAGCAUUGAUAGCACGUGUGGGUUCAGCUUUGGAAAAUGGUGCAAUGUUGGAGAACAACACUUCAGACAGUGGAAAACAUGAUGAUAGCAACAAGGAGAAGGAAGAAGAAGAUCUCUUCUGUGCGGUACUAAAUCCGGUGACAGAGUCAUAUAUUGAUCUGUCACCUCUAUCAGCUACACCCAACGAUUGGAGGGAAGUACCUGAUGAGACGACGACGUCAAAGACGAGAUGGUUAGUGAAGGGUUAUGGUAGUGAUAAAGAUUUAAAUUUCACAUUGAGUAUUUGCUCCAGUUCGGUUCAUUCCAGUGAAGAGAUGGAACAAUUGAGUAAUCAUACUGGUGGUUUUUAUAAUGAUAUGGAAGAUAAUUUGAUCUCAAUUGGCGACUUCAGUAGUAAACCAAUUUUAUUUGGCAAUGGUAAUAGUAAAAAAUUGACUUUAAAAUAUGAGAAUGGUUCCAUAUGUCCCAAUGGUGUUGAUAAGAAAUCAACCUUACUAAAUUUUAUUUGCGAUAAAGAAAUUUCAAGUAGAGUACAACUUUCAUACGUUGGCAAUUUACAUGAUUGUUCAUAUUUUUUUGAAGCUAGAAGCAUAUAUGCAUGCCCCACAACUAGUAAGAAAAACGGUGUUAAUGCAUUUGGUAUAUUUUUCGGUAUAUUUGCCGUUUUUGGUUUAGUUGAAAUUGGUAGAAGAUGGUUAAUAAAUAAAUUAGUGAAGUCUAGCAGGAGAAGACAUAGUGAUGAGUUUAAUGAUGUUUUAGAUGAUAAUGAUAGUAAUAUACAACCACGAUGGGAAUUUUUUGAAGAUCAGUCUAUAUUCAAGAAGUUUUUCGUUAAUUUGGGUCGAGCUAUGAAAAGAAUCAAUCAUAGUUUAAUAUCGCUGCUAAGGGACGAAAGAAAUGCAUCAUCUACGGGACCAAUAAGACUGUCAUCGAAUAGUCAAACGUCUUUUUUCAGAGACAUGGAAGUGCAGAACAAUAUAAUUGACAGCCUGGAUGUUAGUAGUUCGGGUACAUCUGCUACCACUAGGGAAGUUGAAUUAGAAUAA